AUCAACUUUUAUAGUACUGCAGUUAUUAUUUAUGCCUGUGAUUAGAUAACAGAAAACGAAAAAAUAACAACAACACCGAACAGCACAGAGAAAACGUAGUGUGCCAGCUGUUUAUAGGCUCGCUCUUUAUUCUCAUUUCAAGACACUCACACACACAAAUACACAGGCACACCAGCGCGCUCUCCCGCGGUGGUCGUUCCGUACAUACAGAUUUGACAGUUUCUUCAACUUGGUUGUUGUUUUAGUUCUCACUCUGGCGCGUGCGGGCGAAAAAGGUGAUUUUAAUUAUUGGACAAUGUUGAAGUUUUUGCUCACUUUUGGGGCCGGAGUUUACACAGGUGUCUACGUAUCGCAGAAUUACGAAGUGCCUCGCGUAGAUGAUCCCCCUAAGCUGGUUGAAAAAAUGAACAAAAAACUCCGCGAACUCAUUGAGGGCAAAAAAUCUCCAACCGAACAGAUAGUACAUGAUAUCAAAAAGGAGGCCAAAAAAAUUUUGGAUGAUUGAGACGGACGAGACGAAUGACAAUAUAUAUAUUUAGUUACAUUUUUGUUAUGUGUUAAACAAAUUUAUCUAUGACUCAAAUAAAGGAUACGUUUAAAGUUA